AUGUUUUCAUGUUCAAUCGGAUCCGCCCGUGCAGCUCCUGUGUUUUCCAUUGGGAGAUCUGGACCUUCCAUCUGGCUGAGUCCGUCUGAAGACUUCAUUAAGGCGGUGGUUUCCAUGUUGAACCUGUACCUGGACGGCCUGACCUCUGUGUCCACUGAUGUGGGUAUAGUUUCACUCUCAGUGGAUCCUGGCAGAUUCACGUCUACGACAGCCAGUGCUGUUUUUGGCAUCGCGACGGACAAACGACCGCCAAAGAUCCUUGGAUCAACUGCAGACUCUGAGCGCUGUCGACUGAGCUGCAGUAGACACCGCGCCUCGUAG